AUGGAGAAUCAUUCCAAUUCGCAUCCCAAUUCGCGUGAUUCCUCACCUACCUCACGCGAAUUGCUCGAUAACGAUCACCGUUCAUCGUUCGAUGAACCACCACCUUCCAUCACUAAGCGAGUCAAACUGAUCUGUAGCUUCGGUGGAAAAAUCCAGCCGAGACUUCACGACGGUCACUUUUCGUACAUCGGAGGUGACACCAAAAUCCUCGCCGUCGAUCGUAAUAUCAAGUUACCAAACCUCAUUGGUAAGCUCACUGCUAUGGCGUAUUCUCAUGUCUGUUUCAAGUAUCAACUCCCUGGUGAAGAUCUCGAUGCUUUGAUCUCGGUUUGCAAUGAAGAUGAUCUCGAUUAUAUGAUGAUUGAGUAUGAUCGUCUGUGUCGCGCUUCACCUAAGCCUGCGAGGUUGAGGCUCUUCCUUUUCCCUUCCCCCGUCAAGAACCACAGCAGCAAUGCGUCUUUUGAUUCUAUCAAUUCUGCUAUGAAUCUUGCCGAGGAUUCCAAAUCGGAAGGUAAGUGGUUCGUUGAAGCUCUCAAUUCCGUUCACAUUCCGGCAUCGGAUGAUUCUUCUCCACCUCCUCCGCCGUCUACGGUGAAUCCAGAUUAUCUGUUCGGUUUAGAUAAGCCGUAUUCUCCAACUUCUGAGGAGAAACAGGCGGAAAUCCCGGAGUCUGUUCCGGAUUUCGCGGCGAAGGAUACGGGAUGUGAGCCGGAGACGGUUAGAGAAACCGAGAUUCAUGAAAUUCAGAGAAUGCAACCUGUGAGUUUUGACGGAGAGAACGGCAGAGUUAACGGCUGUGUUGACAGGUACUGUCAGGGGAACACGGAAACUGAGAUGCCGUUAGUUACAUCUGUACCUGUUGAAGCUGUGAGUGAUGAACAACAAAUGAAUUCUGACAGAGAAAACGGCGGAGUUAACGCCUCUGUUGACUGUUACUCUCAGGAAAACACGGAAACGGAGACGCCGUUAGUUACUGGUGCAUCUGUUCAAGCUGUGAAUGAUGAACAGAAAGUGAACUCUGACGGAGAAAACGGCAGAGUUAACGGUAAUUGUAAUGCGGACUGUUACACUCAGGAAAACUCGGAAACAGAGAUGCCGUUAGUUACAACUGUACUACCUGUUCAAGCUCCUGCUCCGGCACCGAUAUUUUCCGGUUCGGUUCAGUUUCAUGCUCCUGGACCAGUUUCGGCUCAGUCAUCAUUUUCUCCUAUGAUGCCGAAUGUGGUUAGUGCUUACACGGCUGGUUAUCCAAAUGAACCGAUACCGGUUUAUCUGAUUAGAACACCUUCAGGAUUGUACCAAGCAGUGAGGCCAUUCAUCGGAGCUACCGGUGAACCGGUUUAUUUUGCAUAUACGCAAAUUAGGAACGACUUUGGUUACAAUGGAUCAGGGCUACCUGGCAUGGUUUCUGAGCGCGGCUAUUCAAAUGGUUCGUACAGGCAAGGUUUUCCAUCACAGGCGGCGGUUGCCGGUGUUGACAGCUGGAAUUGA